AUGCUUCCCUCCUCGAUCACAAGCAACCUCCUGGGCGCAUUUUCCCUUAUCGAGACCUUGUCUCUCGCUGUCCUACUACACCAGCAAUACGGCCCUAUCGUCCGGUUCGGUCCAAACCACAUCUCCAUCAAACAUGUGAAGGCCUUGAAGCCUAUUUACAGCCAAAGGGAUAACGUAAAGAAAUUCCGCUGGUACGAGUCCUUCUACAGCGUAAGCAUCUUUAACGCGACUGACAAUAGCGUCCACGCGCGCAAAAGACGGGCCAUGUCUCAAGCCUUCUCGGACCACGCACUUUGUGGAAUGGAGCCUCAUAUUGUCUCUAGCAUUCGAGAGUGGUAUUGCGCGAUCGGCGAAGACACAGGUAUCAAUAAUGCCGCGCAGGACGGCUGGACAAGGCCGAAGGACAUGGCGCAUUGGAGCGCGUGUAUAGUCUUCGACGUGCUGGGCGAGAUGUGCUUUGGACGGAGCUUCGAGACUUCGACCAAAGAGGAGAACUAUUUCUUCUUUCCGCUGAUGGCGCUAAAUGUGCGCAUCUUAAAUAUUUUCGGCCAGUUGCCUCCUCUACGGACCUUGGGGCUUGAGGCGUACUUUCGUCGAGGGACGGCGGCGAACCGCGAGAGGCAGAUUAAGUUCUCGAGAAAACAGUUGGCGGAUCGGCUCGCGAUAGAUACGGAAGUAUCGAAACGGAAAGGUAUCAUUUACUAUUUUCAGAAGGCCCGAGAUCCCGACACUGGCGAGGCGUAUUUACAAUCGGAGCUGAUUUCGGAGACGACUUUAUUGCUGGGAGCAGGCUUCGGUACUGCUAACACAGCCUUGGCCGCAACGUUCUACUUCCUGUACAAACAUCCACUAGUCCUCAUGCGGCUCUCCGCCGAGAUCAGGAGUACCUUCUCAAGCGUGGAAAGAAUCGUGUGCGGUACUAGUAUGCAGCGAAUGGUAUAUCUACGUGCCUGUUUGAAUGAAAGUGUGACAGUCUACAAAGGAGCCUAG